CCCUCAGCCGCCGCUGGCCCUCUGCGCGCGCGGGAAGUUUGAAAGGCGCCGCCAUGGAAGCGCCGCCGGGGGAGCCCGACAAGGCCGUCAGGAAGGUGGAUGCGCUCAUGCUGCUCCGGCUGCGGGACCAGAUGAAGCAGCAGCUCAGGGACUGCAGCGCUGCCGCUGAUACCAACCAAGAAAGUGACCUUGAUCAUGUCAUUGAAGAGGGCAGUGCCACAAAAGAUAUGGAAAAAGAUAUAGAGGAAAAGAAGGUCUCUUUCCAGAACAAGACAUUAGCAUUGCAAAGGAUUCAGAUUAUGCUUGCCUUGAGAAACAAAUUGAAGCAAAACGACAGUGACUCACGAGAGAUCCUGAAAAUGCUGAAACACAUUGUAAUACUCAGCCAGGAAGUAAUUGAACGUCAGCAGCAACUACGUGAGAAGGAACAGAAGUUGACUGACAUUAAAAUGAAAAGACUCUCCCCGCCUCACUGUGUCCCUCUUUUCAGCGCGCCCCUGCGAUCGGCCCACGCCCCAAGCGGGCGCGGUCACGGGGGCCGCGGUCACGGCGGCGUGGAGCGCGGUCACGGCGGCGGGGGGCGCGGUUACGGUGGCGGGGGCGUGGCUCGGCGCUCCCCUUAG